CCGCAGCCCUCUCCCCCACCCCGCCGCGCUGGAGUCUAGGGUCUCGGCAACUUCCGGCGGCGGGGCGUGAGGCGCGCCUUCUGCGCUUGCGCGUCGGCCUGCUCCUCCUGAGCCCGGGGCCCCUGCGGCUGGGACUUGGUACAGCCGGGCGGUUGGCGUCCUCCGCGACUCCAGCCAGGGGCGGGCUUUUCAAAUCUUCCCUUCGAAGUAGUGGCUGCGGCCAGGGCAACCCGCGCUGGAGAUGGAGGGGCCGAGCCUGCGGGGUCCCGCACUCGGCUUGGCGGGGCUUCCCACCCAGCGGGACUGCAGCAUUCAAGAAAAAAUAGACUUAGAAAUUCGAAUGCGAGAAGGAAUAUGGAAACUCCUUUCUCUGAGCACUCAGAAAGAUCAGGUUUUACAUGCAGUUAAGAAUCUCAUGGUGUGCAAUGCUCGAAUAAUGGCCUAUACAUCGGAGCUACAGAAAUUAGAAGAACAGAUCGCAAAUCAGACUGGAAGAUGUGAUGUGAAAUUUGAAAGUAAAGAACGAACUGCAUGUAAAGGAAAGAUUGCCAUAUCCGAUAUUCGAAUACCACUAAUGUGGAAAGACUCUGAUCACUUCAGCAAUAAAGAACGAUCGCAACGCUAUGCCAUUUUUUGUUUAUUCAAAAUGGGAGCUAAUGUGUUUGAUACUGAUGUGGUGAAUGUGGAUAAAACAAUCACAGAUAUAUGUUUUGAAAAUGUAACCAUAUUUAAUGAAGCAGGGCCAGACUUUCAUAUAAAGGUGGAAGUAUAUAGUUGCUGUACAGAAGAAUCUUCUAUAACCAAUACACCAAAAAAGCUAGCUAAGAAACUCAAGACAUCUAUAAGUAAAGCUACAGGAAAGAAAAUAAGUUCAGUGCUUCAAGAAGAGGAUCAUGAGACGUGCUUGCUCCUCAACUCUGCUGUUUUUGGUGUAAAGUAUAAUUUGCUAGCUCACACUACCCUAACCUUGGAAAGUGCUGAGGAUAGUUUCAAGACCCAUAAUCUGUCUAUUAAUGGAAAUGAGGAGUCUUCAUUUUGGCUUCCCCUAUAUGGCAACAUGUGCUGUCGACUAGUUGCCCAGCCAGCUUGUAUGGCUGAGGAUGCAUUUGCAGGAUUUCUUAAUCAGCAGCAAACGAUAGAAGGUCUGAUUAGUUGGAGAAGGCUGUAUUGUGUUUUGCGAGGAGGUAAACUCUAUUGUUUUUACAGUCCAGAGGAAAUUGAAGCUAAAGUGGAACCAGCUUUGAUAGUACCCAUUAACAAGGAAACCAGAAUCCGGGCAAUGGAUAAGGAUGCCAAUAAAAGAAUCCAUAAUUUCUCUGUCAUCAAUCCUGUUCCUGGACAAGCUAUAACUCAGAUUUUUGCAGUUGACAAUAGAGAAGAUCUUCAGAAGUGGAUGGAAGCCUUCUGGCAGCAUUUCUUUGAUCUUAGCCAGUGGAAGCAUUGUUGUGAAGAACUUAUGAAAAUUGAGAUUAUGUCACCACGGAAACCACCUUUGUUCUUGACAAAAGAGGCAACCUCAGUCUACCAUGAUAUGAGCAUUGAUUCACCUAUGAAACUUGAAAGUUUAACGGAUAUAAUACAAAAAAAAAUUGAAGAGACAAAUGGGCAGUUCCUUACUGGUCAGCAUGAAGAAUCCUUACCACCUCCUUGGGCGACACUCUUUGAUGGUAACCAUCAAAUGGUCAUCCAGAAAAAGGUACUGUCUCCUGCAGGUGAGCCAUUACAUGAUGAAAAAGGGAAAAAGAGACGAGCUCCCCUUCCCCCUUCUGAUAAACUUCCAUUCAGCUUAAAAUCACAGAGUAACACAGAUCAAUUGGUUAAGGACAACUGGGGAAAAACAAGUGUGUCUCAGACUUCACCUUUGGAUACCAAACUAUCAAUCCUAAUGCAUCACUUACAGAAACCAAUGGCUGCUCCUCGAAAACUUCUCCCUGCCAGGAAAAAAAGAUUAAGUGAUGGUGAGCAUGCAGACACUAAAACCAAUUCUGAAGGCAAGCCAGUGCCAGCUCCAAGGCAGAAAUCCAUCAAAGACAUUCUGGACCCUAGAUCAUGGCUGCAGGCACAAGUAUAGAAAACAAUUAAUGAUAAAACAUUUAACAAAAUCUAUAACUGUAAUGCUUAAUUCAGAGGCAUUAUAAAUUGAGUAAUGUGUAAUUAUAUAGGUAAAUAUGAUAGUGAUUUAUACCAAUAAUUAAUAAGCUAUUAGGUAUAGUAAAACAUAAUAAAGAUAUGGAUUUUUUUCUUUUUACUCCUGAUUUUCAGAAUGUAAGUGAUUUCUCCAGCAGUGUGCAAGAGGCAGUUUCUAGACAAUAUCCUAAUUGUUGGAAGGGUUAAUUUAUUCCUAAAUUAGUACCAGGCAGUGAAUAAGCCCUAGGCAGAAUAAAGCAUUAAAAUUUCUUUUGGGGAGAGACUGUCUAGUAAUUUAAAAUGUGUUAAAUAUGAGCCAUAUUCUCAUUGUGAGAAUUUUAAUACUAAUGGAAUGUUUCAAAGGUUUCGUUCAAACCACAAAUUAUAGAAUCCACCCAAGAAAAUUCUCUUCUUAGCAUUCUGGAAUUCUCAUCUAAUGGUUCACUGGCUCUCAUCUAUUGUUUAACUCACUAGUUUAUAGGCUGACCUUUUAAAUUCUUGGGACAAAUUUUGGAAUAUUAAAUUCUUCAUCUUUAAAGGGAAUUUGUAAUGUGCUAUUCAGACUUGUUUCCUUGAUGAGCCCUGAAAUCCUGUUGACAUUAACUUUCAUAAAUGAAGCAUAACACUUAUUAGUUUAGAGAAAUGGUAGAUGAAAUUCUCUUUACGUUCAAUUUUCUGUGUGUGUUGCUAAUUUCCAUUGUGGCUUUGGAAUUUAGGAAAGUGAGUAGAUGAUUAACACCUUGAAAUUCAUUUAACUCUUAUUUAAAAAGAAGAUGGGAGAUUCAAAAAUACUGGAAAAGUUGGCUACCAUGGAAAAUAAUUUUCAGAGUUAAUUCUUUUUUACAAUUUUAAUUAGAUUUCCUUGUCCUAGUAAGGUUGAUAUCUGAUAGCGGUAUCAUUCAUUAGAAGUCAUAUUCUUACAACAGUGACAUUGGAGUCAUUUCCAUAGGAGGUAAUUUCCAUAGCAGCUAAUCAUAGUGACCCAAACAGGAUUAUAAAAUCAAGUGAGGAAUAAAUAGCAGAAAAAUACCUUAUAAGGAACAAAAAAAAAAAUCCAUUUUUUAUAAUAAUGCUUUUUGUAAACAAGAGCAGAACAAUUUUAAAAAUCGAAUUAGAAUUUCCAAAUAAAACAGUUUCCAUAAGGUGUCAGCAGCAGCACUAAAAAUCUCAAAUCACACUGAACCCUAAAUAUCAUUGCAAGAGAUAAAAGCUAAGAAUUAAGUUGCUGCCCUGUGUAUAAUCUCUUGAGAUCUUUUUAAAGCUAGCAAGAACUCUGUUUGGAUCAAAACUACAUUAUUACAAAAUAAAACGAACACUUGACAAAAAAAAAAAAAACCCACAUUAAUUUAAACAGAGCCUUUCAUUAUUUUCAGAUAGCAGGGUCUUUUUCAUUUA